CAAAUAUCUCAGCCAGGAAUAAGUAAUAACAAGAGGUAUAUUCGUAGCUUUAAUUCUGAAUGGUAUCAACGAAAAAUUUGGCUCUGUGGCUGUGAAGUAAGAAAUGCAUUGUUUUGCUUCCCAUGUUUGCUGUUUGGAGGAGAUGUAAUGUGGACAAAAGACGGCUUUAGAAAUAUAAACAAAAUGAAAGAAAAAACUGAAAAACACGAGAAGUCAAAGAAGCAUAUCGAAAAUGUAGUUUCACUGUCACUUUUAGGAAGCGUAAAUAUUAAAGAGAAACUUAGUGAGGCCUACAGGCUUUCAAUCAUUGAGCAUAACAUGAAGGUUACCAAGAACCGUGAAAUUUUAUCCAAGAUAAUAGACUGCAUUUUAUUCUGUGGAAACUUUGAUAUUGAAAUUCCCUUACGUGGAUAUGAUGAAAAAGAUGAUUCAAUAAAUCCAGGCAUAUUUAGAGGAUUAGUAAAUUUUGCAUCUAAAUUAGAU